UUCAGUCUUUUUUGCAACUGACCUGUAUGCUAGCUAGCUGCAUGUAUGUCAUCUGUCAGCAGGCCCUAUACAAUUAUUUUCAUACGAAACUGGUGCAACUCACGAAAUCUUUUGGCUUGUGAGGCUGUGACGUGUUUACUUGUAAUCUAUUUAUAUUUCAACGUGUACUUUCACUUGGAGGUAAAGAUGGCAGCAACACAAGCCUUAGAUGAGCAUUACAUCACCGUGGCAACUGGAGGUCAUGGGACCAAGGUCACCAAGCCAGCACUGGAUUCCUGUUGGAUGGAAGAGGUUGAAUUCUUGGUCUAUCAACCACCGCCCCCUGAAGGCUGUGAUGCGGCAUCUCGUGAGGAGUGGCAAGAGAUGAUGGGCUAUAUCGAAGAGGAUCUUCACUGGCUUCUCAAACUUCCUCAUCAUAAAUUCUGGAGUCAGGUUGUGUACGACCACAGUCUGCAACAGUGUUUGGAUUCAUACCUUCGGGAAGCUCCUAGGACAUUCGAUCCUAUGACUUCGUUACCCGAUGAUUUCACUACCAGGCAACGUUCUGUCCAUAAACUUGUCUUCUUGACGUUCUUGCGGAUGGCCACAUGCAAGGAAACCAAGGAAAGUUUCAUUACUCCAUCUGUCUUUGGCGAUAUCAUCUACGAGAAUUUCCUGUUUGACAUUGCUAAGCUCAUGGAGCUCUGUGUGUUAUAUGGCGGCGGUAAUUCUGAUCUUCUUGCCAAGAUGGUUGGAAAUAUCUUCAAAAAUCAACCAAAGUACAAGGAUGAUCUCAUCGCCGUCAUACCAACCAUAGUACAGUGUUUCGACAACAUUUUAGAAAAAUGUGGCUUGAAGGCAGUGUCAGACACCCUCCCAGAGGCACCACAAGCAAGAAUACUGCACACCAUGCCGGACAAUGAGCUGGGGGACAUUAUUCACUACCUCACCGACUCUGCUCUCAGCAUACUCAGCUUCCUGGAGAUUUAUCCAGAGGGCGCUUGGGCCUUCCAUAAGCAUAGCUUUGUGUUGAAGGUUGCUGCAUUUGUUGAGACCUUCUUGCCAGCUCUGGAACGAGCCAUGAAGGAGAGACAGUGGGCAGAGCCAAGCAAGAAGAAAUUAUUUCAGAAGCAUCUGAAACUUGGCAAAGUGAGUUUGGCCAGGGUGUGUCAAUGCAUCGUGACCAGAUGCUAUAUCCAACCCAUCGUGGAAGGAGGCCGAAGGAUGACGUUCCUAGGNUUGGUGGAAGACUAUUUGGAGUUGAUGUCGUCUUUGCUGUCAGAUAAACACUUCCUGUCAGUCUUUGCUCGCCAGUAUCACAUCGGAGAAGAUCUUGACGUUGUACUUCAAAAAGCUCAUGUCGACGAGACCAGAGCACAGUUCAUUUUCGACGGUUUCCGGAAUGCAGCAACCACACAUCAUAAGGACAGAGCAAAGCAUGAUGGGACUGCAGCCAGCAGCUCAGUAGAAGCACAGAGGCCUGAUGGGAUAGCUUCAUGCCAGUAUGGAUUGGCACCUGAGGAUUUCCAAACAGAUGAGUACAUUGAGCAGCUGGCGCCAUCAUCUUCAGGAGCUUGCGGUGGAGGAGUCUCGGAGGUUGAGAUGUUGUCACUUAUUUCAUCUGUCAAGGAUCUCUUCCCUGACUAUGGAGAGGGCUUCAUUGAGGCAUGUUUAGAGGAGUACAGUUUUGACACCACCAAAGUUAUUCACGCCAUCCUGGAGGACAAACUGGUACCUGGACUCCAAGAACUGGAUAAAACCAUGGCCAGGACUGCAAAGCCCCAGGCUGCCAUGAAGCCAGGAGGCAAGGAUGUGACACCUGCUGGUGAAACUUCCUUAUUGCAGCAACGCAGCAACAUCUUCCAGAAUGAUGAGUUUGAUAUCUUCAGCAGAGACACGGUGGACACCAGCAGAAUUCACAAGGGAAAGAGGGAUGAUAGGUUGAGUGAUCAGAAAUUACAAAAGGAUAAGACCCAUCUGGCUAGACUGGUGUCGAGCUGUGAGGAGUAUAACUACGAGUAUGAAGACGAGUAUGAUGACACGUACGAUGCUAACGAUGUAGGAGCUGAUGACGCAGAUUCUGCUGAUGAACUGACUUCAAGAAGACCAUUUAUGGUACCCAGGGUAUUGAGAGGAGGAGAAGAAAGUAGCUCUGGGGAGGAGGACGAUCAGGAUACAGAACCACCACCCCCAAAUGAAACCAGAGACACACAGGCACCGCACAACAGACAGCAUGCCAGUAGGGGUGGGGGACGCCGAGGGGGACUCAGUGAUGCUGUGAAGGGUCAAUCGAAGGGCCAAGGUCAGAGCAAGGAAACACAGCGAGCCAGAGGAUUUAAGGACAGAAACAAGAGCAGUCGAGCGAACCACAACCGCAAAGCCAUGGCAGACAAGAAAAGGAGUAAGGGAAUGGGACCUUUGUCCUGAACAACUUGGGAGAAAACUUGAAAUAUAUGUUAAGCACAGAAAAAAAAACAGGUUACCAGCUAAAAUGGCCAAGCAGGUUCCUUGCUAAUUUUGCCAAUCUCUUGAAAUUGACAUACCACAGAAAUAAACGCCAGCCAAAUCAUUCCAUGGAAAGUUAACCUGUUAGCCAUGCACAAACAGUCUGUUUUAUUGAAAUGAGACCAACAGACUUCAUGACAAAACACUGAGUUGUGCUACGCAAACAAAACAACGGGCUGAUGGACAAUUGAAAUGAGAUACAAGAAAAACAUUAAUGUUUGGAAACAAUAUCUCAAGGUUCUUGAUAAAAGUACAAUUUACAUUGAUUUACAUUGACACGAGUUCAGGAUUGAUCAGGUAUGUGAAAUACACCAAACAACUGUCAUUUCUCGUUCAAAUUUAACAAUGGACGACAACAUAAUACACUGGCAAAGAUUUAUAAAUUAAAAGUUUAGAACAUAUUUGAAUAUUCUCCCCAAAUUAUUUGACAUGAUUUUAAAGACAGAUUUCCCAGCUUAAUAAUUUGUAUUGUUAUUAACUGUCACAACAGGGCAAUGUCCGAUAGUCAGUAAUGGUCAUCUUCAAUACAAAAGAAUAAAACCGUUUCUGGCCCACUUUUUUGUCUGUCAUGACAAAAUUUGGAACUCUAAUGAUUAUUAAUGAAAUCACAUACUGCAGAAUAAAUGACAAGCAAAAUAUUUUCUGAGGAGUAUUACAGUUGAAGUGACACAAAAAAUUAAAGGUUAAUGAUGAAAAUGUCCUCUGAAAAUUGUUGUAUUGAGUCAGGAAAUGAAAAUACAUUUUAGUUAUAAUCACAGAAAAAAAAAGGAAACUUGCUAUUAUGCAAUAUACCACAGCAUCUUGCCUCAUUUACAUCUGAAAGAAUCUUGUAGAGAUAACAGAUUCUGAGGGAAAUAUGGGUUCCUAAGAGGUACAUGUAGUCCCCUUUGACAAGGACUUGGGAGCUGUGAUUGGUCAAAAUUGAUCUCGUACAUUUGAAUACGAAGGUCCACUUUCUUUAGCUAUUAAAUUACUAAAUACUACAGCUCUGACUUUAAUUUGAAUUUACCAACGAAAGACGUUUAUGUUGUACCAACAAAUUGAUAAUUUUAUGAAAGUUAACUUUUAAACCCUUGAAAGCUGUUACUUAAAAAUGUUCAACUUGUUUUAAACAAGUUUACUAAAAUGACUUUGAAAUUGGGUGAACAAUUCCCCAUAACAAUGACAAAAAGGCAUAACUUUCCUUUUGUUGUUUUGCAUCAUUCAUCCCAUGUGAUAUUAUCUAGAAAUCUACUGCUCUGCAUUAAACUAAUUACAUGUACAAACUCCA